GGGGAGCCCGGCCCCCCCACCAGCCCAGCUAUGCCCGCGGGCAGCACCGAACCCGAUGGCAUCCUCAGCUAUCAGGGACCCGAUGAAGAGGCAGUGGUUGACCAAGGAGGAACAAGCAACGUUGUCAAUAUCCACUAUGAGAAGGAAGAGCUGGAAGGACACCGGACCCUGUAUGUGGGUGUGCAGAUGCCCCUGGUGAGGCAGAGCCAUCGGCACCACCGGCCCCGCAGCCAGAAGCAUCGGAAGCGCGAACGGGCGAAGGAGGCAGCCCCCGAAGAGCAGGGCUAUCACUACACGCCAUCCCAGCGGGUGCAGUUCAUCCUCAGCACCGAGGAGGACGAGCAGCACGUCCCUCAUGAUCUGUUCACCGAACUGGAUGAGAUCCGCGUGAAAGAAGGCGAGGGCACAGAGUGGAAGGAGACAGCGAGGUGGCUGAAAUUCGAGGAGGACGUGGAAGACGGCGGCGAGCGCUGGAGCAAACCCUACGUGGCCACACUCUCCUUGCACAGCCUCUUUGAGCUGAGGAACUGCAUCAUCAAAGGCACAGUGCUGCUGGAUAUGUGUGCCAACAGCACCGAGGAGAUCGCAGAUAUGAUCCUGGACCAGCAGAACCACUCCAGUGAGUUUGAUGAGAGCAUGCGGGAGAAGGUCCGUGAGGUCCUUCUCAAAAAGCACCACCACCAGAACGAGAAGAAGAGAAACAACCUCCUCCCCAUCGUCCUCUCCUUCGCUGACAAGCCAGCCCAAACGCUCAUCCCCCAUCCUCCUCCCACCACUAUAGAAGCUAAAAAUGGGGUAAACCAUGACACCAGCCCCAUGGAUUUAAGUAAGGCAGAGCUGCACUUCAUGAAGAAAAUUCCCACUGGGGCUGAAGCAGCAAACGUGCUGGUGGGAGAGCUGGAUUUCCUUCAGCAGCCCAUCAUGGCCUUCGCCCGCCUCACCCCGGCUGUCCUCCUCUCGGGCAUGACAGAAGUCCCCAUCCCAACCAGGUUUCUGUUUGUGUUGUUGGGACCAGAAGGAAAAGCCCAUCAGUACCACGAGAUCGGCAGGUCCAUGGCCACGCUCAUGACGGAUGAGGUUUUUCAUGACGUUGCCUACAAAGCCAAGAACCGGGCUGACCUGGUGGCUGGCAUCGAUGAGUUCCUGGAUCAGGUCACAGUUCUGCCACCAGGAGAGUGGGACCCAUCGAUCCGCAUCGAGCCCCCCAAAAACGUCCCUUCUCAGAAAAAAAGGAAGGUGCCCGGAGCUCUGGAUGACAAUGCUUCUCACAGAAAGCCUGAAAAACAUAGCGGCCCUGAACUGGAGCGGACGGGAAGACUCUUUGGAGGUUUGAUCCUGGACGUGAAGCGGAAAGCACCGUGGUUCUGGAGUGACUUUCGGGAUGCGCUGAGUCUGCAGUGCCUGGCAUCCUUCCUCUUCCUCUACUGUGCCUGCAUGUCCCCUGUCAUCACCUUCGGGGGGCUGCUGGGGGAGGCGACCGAUGGCCACAUAAGCGCCAUGGAGUCGCUGCUGGGCGCAUCCAUGACUGGCGUUGUCUAUUCCCUCUUUGCUGGCCAACCUCUCACCAUCCUUGGCAGCACCGGCCCUGUCCUCGUGUUCGAGAAGAUCCUCUACAAGUUUUGCAAGGACUACGCGCUCUCCUACCUGUCCCUGCGGACGUGCAUCGGGCUGUGGACUGCCUUCCUCUGCAUGGUGCUGGUGGCCACGGAUGCCAGCUGCCUGGUGUGCUACAUCACCCGCUUCACCGAGGAAGCCUUCGCCGCCCUCAUUUGCAUCAUCUUCAUCUACGAGGCUCUGGAGAAGCUCAUCUGCCUGGGAGAGACCUACCCGGUGCACAUGCACAGCCAGCUUGACUUCCUCACCCUCUACUACUGUAAGUGUGCAGCUCCCACCCAUCCCACCAAUGAAACGCUGCACUUUUGGCAGAGCAAUGAGGUCAACCCUGCAGCCAUCGCCUGGGAAAACCUCACCGUAUCUGAAUGUCGACAUUUGCAUGGAGAAUUUCAUGGACCUGCCUGUGGACACGAUGGCCCCUACACACCCAAUGUCCUCUUCUGGUCCUGCAUCCUCUUCUUCUCCACCUUUGUCCUCUCGAGUUCACUGAAGAUGUUUAAAACCAGCCGCUACUUCCCAACGAGAGUCCGAUCUACGAUAAGUGACUUUGCUGUUUUCCUCACCAUCGUCGUCAUGGUGGUCAUUGACUUCCUCAUUGGGAUCCCAUCACCAAAGCUCCACGUCCCCCAUAUGUUCAAGCCCACCAGGGAUGACCGUGGGUGGCUCAUGAACCCCAUAGGACCCAACCCAUGGUGGACAGUGUUGGCUGCACUCAUCCCAGCUCUGCUCUGCACCAUCCUGAUAUUCAUGGACCAGCAGAUCACCGCUGUCAUUGUGAACAGGAAGGAGCACAGGCUGAAGAAAGGAUGUGGGUACCACCUGGACCUCUUCAUGGUGGCUGUGAUGCUCGGGGUGUGCUCAGUGAUGGGGCUGCCCUGGUUUGUGGCCGCGACCGUCCUCUCCAUUACCCACGUGAACAGCCUCAAACUGGAGUCAGACUGCUCCGCUCCUGGAGAACAACCCAGAUUUUUGGGGAUACGAGAGCAGAGGGUCACGGGACUGAUGAUCUUUGUGCUCAUGGGCUGCUCCGUCUUCUUGACUGCUGUGUUAAAGUUUAUACCAAUGCCUGUGCUGUACGGUGUCUUUCUCUACAUGGGUGUAUCGUCGCUCAGAGGAAUCCAGUUCUUUGACCGCCUGAAGCUGUUUGGAAUGCCGGCCAAGCACCAGCCUGACUUCAUCUACCUGCGGCACGUGCCGUUGCGCAAAGUGCACCUCUUCACCCUGGUGCAGCUCACCUGCCUCGUGCUGCUCUGGGUCAUCAAGGCGUCCCGUGCGGCCAUCGUCUUCCCCAUGAUGGUUUUGGCUCUCGUUUUUGUCCGGAAAGUCCUGGAUUUUUGCUUCUCGAAGCGAGAGCUCAGCUGGCUGGAUGACCUCAUGCCAGAAAGCAAGAAGAAGAAGUUGGACGAUGCCAAAAAUGAAGCCAAAGAAGAAGAGGAGUCUCAGCAAAUGAUGGAAGCUGCUGCUGCAAACUCAGUCCAGCUGAGCCUGGGGAAGACAAGCUAUGUGGGUGUCCCCAACCAGAACAGCAGGGACAGGACCGACCCUUCUGAGAUCAACAUCUCAGAUGAAAUGUCGAAGACAACUGUGUGGAAGGCUCUCACCAUGAAUGCAGAAAAACUCUGAAUCCGAGGAGGAAAAAGGUAAAAGUUGUCCUCUUUAGGGAUCUUGGCUUUGAAGGAGAGGAGCGAGAACGUGACUCAGGGAUGAGCCGGUGCAGCUGUGCUGGGUGGAGGAAGCAAACACGCACCCUCCCUGGUUCUCUCCUCCGAGUAGCAGGAUUCCCAUUAAAGCCAUUUAAGACUUUUCCAGUUAUCCUUGGUGUGCUUCAGGCAUUCAGUAUCUCUAGACCAGCAAUCUGAGGUGCACCUCGCUGUCAGUGGGAGCUCGGUGUUGCUCAGCCUCCGUGUGUACGUGUGUGUGCGUGUGUUGUCGCGGUCUGUGGUGGUAGAGGGGCAGCUACCGCUUGGUCAUUCAGUGCUAUCUAGUUUUUUUUUUUAAUAUCUAAUCUCCCCCCCCCCCCCCCCUCAUUUCCCAUUUUCUGUCCAAAUAUAAACUCUGAAUGUACAAAAGAAUUUUCUGUUAUAUUUGACGCAUUCUACACUUCCUUCUUCGUCACUGCCAGAUUUUGGGCUUGGUUCGGGGUCCCUGCUUGGAUUCACUCUUCCCUUCUAUCUCUUAUCGGUGUGGGAGAGAUAUCCUUUGUGGUGGGAAGUGCAGAGAGAAAGAAGAAGCGUUUGUUCCAGUUUUGCCAUCAUUUUUUUGCUUUGACUCCAGAAUCAGCAGGUGCCCAUGGAAGGGCUUGGAAUUGAGUGAUCUUUAACAACUCAACGGAUUGUUCUAUGAUCAUUGAUUGUUCAAAGAUAUUGGUUCUAUGAUCUUUGAGGUCCCUUCAACACAGUCUUCCU